GUUCUCUGUGAAACGCGAGCCGAGUAUGGCGACGCCGACGAGCGACGACGAGUGGAAGGAGAUGCUGUACAGCAGCCUCGAGUGCGAGAUCUGCAACCUGCCGUACGACAACACCGAGACCCAUACGCCCCGCCUCCUGAGCUGCGGCCACACGUUCUGCCAGUCGUGCCUCGGCGGGUGGGCCACGACCGCAAGCCAUGGCCACUCGGGCACCAACAUCAUUACAUGUCCUAGCUGUCGGCGCGAGACGCUGGUGGGCCGCGACGGCCUCCCAAAGAACUUUGAAGUGCUCCGGAUCCGCGACGAGCUUGAGCAAUGGACGUCGGAGCGACUCGCGGCCUUUCGCGCCCAAAGCGAUGGAAUCAUCAGGGAAAAGGAAACGAUUGCGCGCGAGGCCGAGCAGGCGGCGCAGAUCGCUCAGCAAAAGGCCGACCAAGCCGCGGACCACGCCCGCGCGCUGCAGCAGCAAGUCACUUUGAACGCACGCGAGCGCCAAGCCGCGCUGGAAGCCGCCGAGGCCGCGCAGCGCGGUGCCCGCGACGCCAUCUCGCUGGCGGAGAAGCUGCAGAACGAAACGGACGACCUCAAGCGGCAAUUGCAGCUCGACGCGCUGCAGCUCCAGCAGAUCAAGAAGGACGCGAGCACGUCGUCAGCGAUCGCGGCCGACCUCGAAUCCAAGGCCAAUGCGCUCCAAGCCCAGGUCGACCGUGUCAAGUCGCAGCUUUUGCUGCACUCGGGCAAGCAAGACCCAACGCGGAUGGUCGUACUGGUGUGCGAUCCCAUCACAGUCGGCUCAUGGCUCCUCCCAUACACGCGCUACACUGUGAUUUGCAUUGCGAAUGAAAACGGUGCCAUGGACUCGAUGCUGGCGGCGCGCGACUGGAUCUACUCCGUCAACUUGACGCAAGCCAACGCUUCGGUCCGCGUCUACCGCCGGUACAGCGACUUUGGCUGGCUCCAUGACGCGCUCUGCGUCGAGUACCCUGGCCUCUUCGUGCCAUUCCUGCCCGGCAAGACCUUUUUCAACGGCCACGCCGACUUUGUCAACGAGAGGAUGCGGUCGCUGCAGGCGUUCUUGCGCGAGAUCCUCCGCAAUCCGGUGCUCAGCCGCGGCGACGAUGUCCGCGCCUUCCUUCUCUUCUCAACCGAAGAGCUCGAAAAGUACAAACUCGCCAAAGCACCCGUCGCGUUGGCGUCGGACGUGGUCGUUGCCGCGCCACCCAAGCCCAAGAAGGUCCACUCGUCGUCGUGGUUGCGCACCGGCGCGUCGACAGGCCAGUGGGCGUGGGGCGCCGUGAGCUCGCUGACGUCGAGCGCAGCCAAGCUCGUGACGACGACGGCAGGUCUCGGUGACGACGACGCGCUCCUUGAAGUCGACAGCGAGCACGCGUGGUUGCAAUUGCGGCGCAAGAGCUACGAGCAACUUUGCCACAUGUAUGAGAAGGCGGUCGAGAAGGGCGAGAUCUCGCUGCGCGGCCAGCGCAAGCAAGCGACCGAGCUCUCGGAACUAGGCCACCUCCUCGGGCGGAUGGUCAAGCUUGACGACGGCAUCGUCAAGCGCAGCCAGUCGUUGUAUACGUUCCAGGCGCGCGUCGAAGGCGAGCUGCGGGGCAUGGGCGCGGACUUCGGCGGCGUCGCCGACAUGUCGGAGCACGCGGUGCAGGAGACGCUGCGCAUGCAGGUGCUGCAGUUGGGCGCGAUCGAAGAGGCAUUUGGCCGCGUCAAAGUCAAACAGGAGGCGGUCGAAGGGCUCGAGAGUGCGCUCCACGGCCCGGACGUGAGUCUGCGUGACGAUGCCCUCUCGAAACUGCCCACUGCCAAGACGACGCUGGACGCGCUCAAGGCGAGCGUCGUCGGGCAGCUCAAGGAGCUCGAGCCGACGCGGUCGAUCUUUGUCGCACGGAGCCUCGCCAAGUGCUGCGAGGACCUCCGCACGCUCAGCACCGAGUCGCGCGUCGCGUGGGAGACGCUUCGCGCCCGCCUCGAUGGCGCCGAGUAG